AGCUCCACGUUAUGUUCUGGUGAGAACAAGCGUAAUGUCAAAGACACCUGGACCUGCACCCCACCGUCGUGUGGGCAUUCCUACUGCAUCUACACCACGACCCAAGCCACAGCUCACCAUCGAGGAAUGGGAAGCCAAAGCACCUCUCAGCGACCUAGCACUCAAGAGCGUCGCGGCGAUCAAAGCCGCCAGCGAGAAAACGCCUCUCCCACUCAAAUUUAGCGUCGACGAAGACGAGACCUCACGUCCCUCUACACCGAAUCUACGAGGGAAGCUCGCAUCAGUGUCGCGUCCCUCAACGCCGGUGCCAGGCUUUACUCGCCAGUUUGCCAGUCAUGCGCUGCAUCCGAAGCAGCCAGUACAAACGCCCCAGCAAUUCUAUGACUGGUUUGCACAGAUUGAUAGGUCCGUAGCACAUAGCCAGGAAGCGCACUUCCGCGCUCAUGUCGCCAUGGUAUCCGAACACCUGAACACAGCAGACACACUUAUUGAGCGUAUAGAUGAGGUUGACCGGGAGGUUGGUGGCCUACUUGAAGGCUGGCGAAGCGUGGAGGAGGGCGGAAAGAAUCUGAAGGAUGCAUGUGAGCGAUUGCUAGAGGAAAGAGACAGGCUUCUUGAACUCACUGAGGAAAUCGGAGCUAGGCUUGAAUACUUCCAAGAACUAGAACACGCGACGCGCAUGCUCAAUCAUCCUGGAGAGUCCCUUGUCCUUCAAACCGACUUCCUGUAUAUGGUAGAACGUGUGGACAUCUGUAUAGAUUAUCUCAAGGCUCAUCGAUAUUACAAAGAAGCGGAGGUAUACCUACUCCGCUUCCAGCAGUGCAUGACUAGAGCCAUGACGCUCAUUAGGAUGUUUUUCGUUGGAUCGCUAAGGGCCUUGACUGCCGACGUGUCCAGAAGACUGUCAGAGAAGGAUGUGUCCUCGACAGCACAGAUGCAUUUGCUUUACACUAGGUUCCGCAGUGUCACUGCUCAGCUUGCUCCUUUACUCGGCGAAUUAGAGCGUCGUGCCGAGGCUCACCCAGAGGACUUGUCGGCUCUGCUGUCAGAAUGUCAUUCUGCUUAUUUUGCAGCACGUAAGGGUCUAUUGGUGGGACGCUUGAUGGAAGAAAUACGUGGGCUUGACCCAACUCACACUGAACUAGUUGAAUUAACGAAUGCUGGUUGCAGUUAUCUGAAGCAACUCUGCACAGACGAGUUCAAUCUCUACCGAGAAUUUUUCAACUCUGGCGAGGAUCACCUCUACACUUAUCUUGAGAACUUGUGCGACUACCUUUAUGAUGACCUACGUCCCCGGAUAUUGCAUGAGACUCGCCUCACAACUCUGUGCGAAGUAUGCACGGUGCUUCAAGCUCUAAUGGUCCUCGAUGUAGCGGAGUUCCUAGGGGAACCUUCUGAUGAAGACAACUUGAUUGUUGAUUUUGAUCAGCCAAAGCCCAAAGGUCUAGGGCAACUGCAUAUCAGUCACCUUCUGCAGAUGGUCCUCCAGGAUGCGCAAACUCGAUUGUUCUUCAAAGCGCAGUCCGUUAUUCAGGCUGAUAUUCGGUAUUACACACCGAAACCAGAAGACCUGGCGUAUCCUGAUAAACUCAUCGCUGCACGGAAGCCUGUUUCUCAGUACAACAUCAAGGAGAAGGAAAGCGUGAGCCGACUCUUCCAGCUACCCUCCUUAGACAAGAAAGAAACGUGGUUUCCGGCCUUGCAAAAGACAGUAUGGGUAUUGUCUCAACUGCAUGACUUCGUCAAGCCAGCUAUUUUUGAAGAUAUUGCCCACGAGGCCGUCAGCCUUUGCCGUCAAUCGCUGGUCACUUCGUCCAACUUGAUCGGACAGAGAAGUUCUACCGGCGUGCUAGAUGGCCAGCUAUUUCUCGUUCGCCAUCUCCUGAUUUUGAAGGAGGUUGCAAACAAUUUGGAUUAUACCCCGAAGGAUGCAGAGCCGAGGACUGAUAUAGGCGGCGUGACGGAUACCUUGGCAUCUGUUCUGAAUCGCACGACUGCGUUGCUACCAGAUGCUCUUUUCGCUUCAUUGGGAAUGCCUCGAGGGCACGAUAUCCUUUCGGAUUCUCGACAUGACAUAGACCAAGAUCUGAAACACGCCUGCCAGGAAGUCAUCUCGUUCUGUGCAAGACUGCCCUGCGACCCUCUCCAAGAGUGGGUGGACCGCGUGCGAGCAUUCAACGAUGCCCGCGUAGCGUUCUCUUCGGGGCAACAGGCUCCACUCCUGACGGAGCAAGACUGGGCAAAGCAGGCGGUCGCAGAGAACCUUCAUGGAAGCUUCGUCGAGGCUUGCGAACGGGAUCUACGGUCAUUUGUGACAAAGCUACGGUUGUACCUCGAGGACGAUCGAACGGUGUCUGUGCUGGUCACGCAUAUAGAAGAGGCGAUUAUUGAUGACUACCUCAAGUUCCGAAAUGUGGUAUGGAAUAUGUACGCGGGCGCGAUGAAGACUGUUGUGUUUUCGCAGGAAAGCCUGCGGGAUUAUUUGAAGAGUAUAUGUAGUUGACGUACGCCGUACUUUGCUUCAAUCUAAGGCGAAUAUUUCUCUUAUUGACCUUGUCUUCCCGGAGGUACAUAUAUUAAUGACCAUGUCAAACACAAUACUACAUAAAGGCUGGAAAGAACAUCGUCCAAACUUGAUAUCAAUAGUGUUCAAAAGUCUGUAAGUCUAGAAGGACGAGGCGAUUUACUAUUAGGAGUUGAUGUCAUGAUGAUCAAAGAUCUUUCACUAGCUUUGAAAUCAACGUUAUGAACCCCACGAAGAGAUUUAUGACGCUGUAAACCCCACUUUAAUAAAAUUGCG